AUGGCAUCGCGACCCAUCCUCUUGCGGUUUGAGAGUCGGAACGGCCAGUUUCGACUCUCGGUCAGCCCGCAGGAGCUAUUCCCUGCUCUCCAGCAAAAGAUUCUCGAACACCUGCCAUCAGACGUCGAUCCAUCGUCCAUCGCCCUCUCGAAUAAACCCAUAGGUACCGGAGGCGAGGAGCGUCAACUACAGGCUCUCAAGGGAGUUGCAAUCGAACAGGUUGGCCUCAAACAUGGUGACAAGCUCUUUGUCGGUUAUCAGGAACAGGCUGCACCUCUGAAUGGCCCCUCGAACGGUUACACAUCCGCCACUGCCGAACGCCGUCUGAAUGGAGCACCGAUCCCACAGCAGGAGACCGUCCCACUACGCCCACAGCCAACAUCGCCUUCCGCUGCCACCAAAAAUCCAUGGGAGGCAGUGCAACAAUCUCCCCUGGACGACCUGUUAGACAAGAAAGAUGGCAAGAUCAAGCGGGGCAUGGAUUAUAGGAUGUGCAAGCAUGGCCCUCGAGGGAUGUGCGACUAUUGCAUGCCGCUCGAGCCCUAUGACGCGAAAUACCUGGCCGAGAAGAAGAUCAAGCACCUCUCGUUCCACUCUUACCUACGCAAAAUCAAUGCCGCCACGAACAAACCCGAAGUGAAGAGCUCCUACAUGCCGCCGCUCAGGGAACCCUUCUACCGAGUACGACGAGAUUGUCCGUCCGGGCAUCCGUCCUGGCCGGAGGGGAUCUGUACCAAAUGUCAGCCCAGUGCGAUUAGCUUGCAACCACAGGAGUUCCGCAUGGUCGACCACGUGGAGUUUUCCAGUCCCGAUCUCAUUAACUCGCUGCUGGACUUUUGGCGGAAGUCGGGGGCACAAAGGUUAGGGUUUCUCUACGGGACGUACGAGGAGUACGCGGAGGUGCCGCUCGGGGUCAAGGCGGUAGUCCAGGCAAUCUACGAACCCCCGCAGGUCGGUGAGGUUGAUGGAGUCACACUUCAUGAAUGGUCGAACGAGAAGGAGGUCGAUGAGGUGGCCCGUCUCUGCGGCCUGGAAAAGGUGGGUGUCAUCUUCACUGACCUGCUCGACGCCGGUGCUGGGGAUGGGUCGGUGCUUUGCAAGCGGCAUAUUGACUCCUAUUAUCUCUCUUCGUUGGAGAUUGCCUUUGCCUCGCGGCUGCAAGCCCAACAUCCCAAAGCGACAAAAUGGAGUGACACUGGGCGUUUUGGCUCUGAAUUUGUGACCUGUGUCCUGAGCGGCGAUAACACCGGAGCUAUUUCGGUGAGCUCCUACCAAGCAUCUGUAUCAGCGGUGGAGAUGGUGCGGGCAGACAUCAUUGAACCGUCGGCAGAUCCGUCUGUGAUGCUGGUGCAAUCCGAGGAGGACGACGAUUUGGGCAGCAAGACCCGAUAUAUCCCCGAAGUCUUCUUCCGGCGAAUCAACGAGUACGGUGCCAGCGUGCAGGAGAAUGCGAAGCCUAGCUUCCCCGUCGAAUUCUUGCUGGUGACUCUCACCCACGGUUUCCCCACCGAGUCGAUGCCGCUCUUUACCAACAGCCGCUUCCCCAUUGAGAAUCGCGAGGUUAUCGGCGAGAGCCAAGAGCUCAAGCACGUCGCCCAACAGCUCACGUCGCACGGAGAUCCCGACAAGGCAUUGCAAGGCGUUUCCGAUUUCCACCUGCUGUGCUUCCUGCAUGGGCUUGGCACAUUUAACGAGAACGAGGAAGCUCUUUUGUGCCGCGUGGCAACGUCUCAUUCACCCGCCGACGGACUGCAGCUGCUAAACACCCCUGGAUGGGCAACCUUGGUGACAAUUCUUCAGGAGAGUGGUGAGCGCCCCCCCACGCGCCCCUGGCCCACCCUGGCCCAGCCUUCUCGCUCGGAUUCCGAGUCCAGGAAACGGCGAUAUCAUGCAUCUACCCACCCCUCACACCCGCUCCGCGUCUCCCAAAUCCGACGGUGA